AUGUCUUACCAGUCAAAAGACUUCUACCCUCGCCCUGAUUUUGUACGAUCUAACAAUCGAUGGUCGCCCCUGAACGAUGGUUGGACCAUCUUAUACGACGACGACGAUGUCGGUCUGGAGCAACUCUGGCAUAUCAAGGGUGUACCCGACAAGGUCACAUUCGGUGCACCGGCCUCGACCAACGAACCGGCUCUGACUGAAGCAGAAGCCCAGACUCUCUCCCAGUUUCCCGAGCUGCGAGAGAAGGGGUUCGAAACGACCAAGCACAAGAAGGCCUCGGCCACAGAGCACGCCAAGUGUCCGAUCAACGUGCCAUUCGCCUUCCAGACCCCGGCCUCGGGCAUCCACGACAAUGAAGCGCACGAGGUGCUCUGGUACGAGCGGUCCUUCACAGAUCCACGUGGCCGGGCCGAGCCCGAGGGCAGUGCCGAGCGGGUCAUCCUCCGCUUCGGUGCCGUCGACUACGACAUGACGCUCUGGGCGAGCGGCGUCCUCGUGGGAUCUCACCGGGGGGGACACGUCCCGAUUGAGCUGGAUGUGACGGACGCACUGUCCCACGCCCUGGCUACGACGGGCAAGGGCGAUGUCCGGCUCGUCAUGCGGGUGAGGGACUCGCCGCACGACCUUGCCCAGCCGAGAGGCAAGCAGUACUGGGCGCCGCAGCCGGAGAGCAUCUUCUACACGCCGACCAGCGGCAUCUGGCAGCCCGUGUGGUGUGAGGUGGUCCCUUCGGCUCGCAUUGGCGACGGGAGUGCUGGCACGACCCUAGACGCCACAAACAUCGCGGAAUGCGUCCUGUCGGCCAAGAUUGCUGUCCCCGGCCGUAGAGCUGGGCACAAGUACAGCGUUGAGAUUAAGGGAUUGUUUCAGGGCCAAGUCGUCAACAGUGCCAAGGUAGAGCUGCCGAAUGAGAAGGACUAUGUCCAGGUCAACCUGGCAUUGAGACUGAGCGAAGACUGGAAAUCGUCCCUGCCCCAGCUGGCUUCAUCAGGAGCGGAGUCCUGGCGAGAUGGUCUCGCUCUGUGGUCGCCCUCAACUCCUAACCUCUACGAUCUCAAGAUCCGUCUUCUAGAUGCGGCCGGAAACACCCUCGACGAAGUCAACACCUACACUGGCUUCCGCCAGAUUGCAUGGGACCGUGGCGACAGCACAGUCUACCUCAACGACGAGCCCCUCUUCCAGGCCCUCGUGCUCGACCAAGGCUACUGGCCCGAGACGGGCCUCACGCCCCCGACCCCGGAGAGCUGCAGGCUCGACAUUGAGCUGAGCAAGGAGAUGGGCUUCAACGGGUGCCGCAAGCACCAGAAGGUCGAGGACCCGACUUUCCUCUACUGGGCCGACAAGCUGGGCUACCUGGUCUGGGGCGAGAUGGCCAACGCGUACGAGUUCAGCGACAGCUACGCGGCCAGCUUUGACGCCGAGUGGGCGGCCGCCGUGCGCCGCGACAUCAACCACCCGUGCGUGGUGGCCUGGACGCCCGCCAACGAGAGCUGGGGCUACCCGUCGCUGAAGGACAGCGCCCGCCAGCGCAACCACCUCCGCUCGCUGUACUUCCUGACCAAGACGCUCGACCCGACGCGCCCGAUCAACGACAACUGCGGCUGGGAGCACGUCGUCACCGACCUGACCACGUUCCACAGCUACGAGGACCGCCCGAAGCUCGCAGAGAUGUGCGCCGACCUGGAGGGGGGAAUCCUCGGGAAGAUGGCGGGCGGCCGGGACUUGUUCGUGCAGUCCAUAGACGCCGGCGGCGGCGGCGGCGGCGACAGCGAGGAUCCGGGCGCCCGCCAUAAACCUGGUGCGCCGGUGAUAUGUACCGAGUUUGGCGGCGUCAACAUCGCGCCGCCCGCGGAGAAGCACGGGAACGAGCGUGACUGGGGGUACACGACCGCCACGGACCCGGGUGAUCUUCUCAGGCGUAUCGAGGGGCUCAUGAUGGCUGUGGUCAAGGGCGGCCACUGCUGCGGGUUCGUUUACACGCAAUUAACGGAUAUUGAGCAGGAGGUCAACGGUCUUUACUCCUUCGACCGCAAGGAGAAGAUUCCAGCCGUAGAAGUCAAGAAGAUCAUCGAUGCCGCCGCCGCGACAUACUUUGAACUGAGGAAUAAGUAA